AAACAGAGCAUCUCGCAGUCGCCGUCUCCGAGGAGAGCACCGGCGGCGAACGACGAAUCCAGCGAGCGCGCGCCAUCAGCUGCCGCAGUACUUGCGCACAUGUCGUGUUGAGAAGGCGGUAUUUUACCGAACGCUCUUCCAGAAGAACGUGAAAUCGUGAAGUCCGAGUCAAUCUCACCGUAUAGAAAUAAACACAGGGAAGCGAAAUCUCGCAUCCGGUGGAAUUCGACAAAUCCGUGAUAUCCAAUUGUGAUCAGAUUGCAUCGUGUUGGCCGGAAUUGAUUGGGCGGGUAAGGUUGCACUGAUUCCGGCGAUAAGACGAAUAUCUUCGGAGUGUCCGUGGGAAGUGAUAAUACCUGCUACUGUUGGGUGUCAAUCCAGUCUAGUGAAAUAGCAAGUGAAAGCUUGAAUAGAUUUGUGGAAAGCGAAGAAAACCGAAAAUGAUAGACAGUCUAGAUUCGAAAAUUGAGUUCGCGAUACCCAAUCCCCUGGAUAUUGCCAAACUCAUCCGCGGGAAGAACUACUCCUCGUUCUGGUCAGAUCUGCACCAGCAGGAAACGGCCAGGGCCGUGGCCAUGGGUUCUCUCGGGCUGGGGGUCAGUGAGCCGCUGCUGACGAGUGAAUACAAUGCCAGCGAUUUCAACCUGUUGAGCAGUUUGCAGAGCUUCGCAGGUCGACCCGGAGCGGUUGGGUUCACUGCAGACGGAAGCGAACAGCUGCUGGAUCCCACCUAUGAGCGCUUCAUCGGCGAUGUAUGGGUGGGCAUCGUGCUCACGCUGAUGAUUCUGUCGUCGAUAUUUUGCAUGUGUUCCUGCUUCCUGUACCACAAGUUUCGACAGUGGCAACGCAGUGUGCUUAACGCCAGGUCACAGACGCUUUCCUCGAUGGACCUGGAAACUCCUCCGCCGUACGACGUGGAAUCCCUGCCGAGCUAUACGAUCGUAUCCGGUUUGCCGAGCUACAACGACGCCAUCGAGCAGCUCAAACAGAAACAGCAGCAAAAGAGCACCGGUGGCCACCUGGAACCGGUCAAAGUCCAGCGACCGUCGGUCAUCAAACUUUUCGAAUCGCAGUCGCAAGAUUUGCUGGCCGGGGCCAAGCUGGAGGAAAUCCGUUACAACUUUGCAAGCAAUCUCACAACCAGCGUAGUGUCGGAAAACUCCCCGGAAGUUACCCCGACCACCAGCAGCGGCAGCAGUACGGCGGUAAAUGCAACGACGGUUGCAGUUGUGCCAAACUUCAAGACCCAAGUAUCCGCAAGUGAACCGAAAAAGUUUACCGUUUGCAGUUACAGUGUGGAAAAUGAACGGUCUGGCAGUUAAGUUGGAAGAUGGGUGGUAAGAACAGGUACCUUUCGCCAAAAGGAGCAUUCACAAGAGAAGACUAUGACUGUGUUAUUAAUCAUUAAUUUAUUCCAUUAGAUGCGAUUUUAGGGCAUAGUUAGGUAUAUUUAAGAUGACGAUCCUUUAGAAGAAGGGUUAUAUUUACUAUGACUACAACUUUGUGCCAGUUCCGUAAUUGUAAUUGCAAGCAAUCUGUUGAGAACGUCCAUCUCAGUCGAACAAAUCAAUUACGAAUUAUACUUGUAGAUAGAAAACAGCUUCCUUAAUUCCAAGACUUAAAUGAUAUUAUGUGAAAUGAAGUCUAUCUAUUAAUAGAGAAAAUGAUUAACACCUA